CAAUAACAUUUCAGUAGGUCGUUAUUUUUCGAAGCAAGCGGUCAUCUCGGUCGAAGCACGAUUAGAGGACUCGCCUACGACUUAGUGCGUCGAGAAUAUAGUUUGUUUGUUUCAGCGAUACCGCCAUUUUCAGUGAAUAUUGAAAAAUGACUCGGAAAUACGCAGUCAGCGAGGUGACAAAACACAACAAUGGCAACGAUUUGUGGAUAGCUUUGCACGGCAAAGUUUACGAUAUUACGAAAUUUCUAAAGGAACAUCCCGGCGGCGAGGAGGUGCUUCUAAAUCUUGCCGGUGCCGAUGCUACCAAAUGCUUCGACGAAGUCGGUCACUCGCAGGAAGCAAUACAGCUCAAAGACACGUUUGAAAUUGGACAACUCGAGGGAACUUUUGAGGCCGAAGGCGCUGCAGCGGGUCCAUCGAUCGACGACGACGAUUGGGAAUACGAAGAACCGAAAAAAGAGUCCUCGCCAUUUUUACCUGUAUUCAUUGGAUUAGGUGUACUAGUUUACGCUUUUUUGUUUUAUAAUUUUUUUUACUGAUUACAACAAUAAAGUGGCGUGACUCGUAUACCCUGUACUAUAUAAUCAACUAUCGACUGAAGUUUUUAGUAACUAAUCAAAUUAUUGUAUGCAUGAGACUUUUUCCAGGAUGUGUUUCAAUCGCAAAAUGUCAAUAAUGAAUUUUUGCGUUGCGUUUAAGCUCGAUAAGUUUGUGCAAUAAAUAUUUAAAAAUCCAAUAAAGAAUGAACUAUUUUUUCAUGUCA